AUGCGAGUGAAGGAGGCGGCGAACUCCCGCCAGACCCCCUCCGCCCGGCUCGCGCGGGCCAGGGCACGGGCCGGAGCCCGGCGGGGGCGGCUGCGCCGCGCGGGCAUGACCGCCGAGCCUCCUCCGCCUCCCGGGGCCGCCCCUCGGCCGGCCCCGCCCCGCCCGGUGCGAGGCCCCGCCCGCCGCCACCGCCCCGUUAAGAGCCGCCCGCGCGGUGCGGUGCGGGGUCGCCCUGCCAUGCCGCCGCCCGCGCUGCUCCGCCUGUGCCUCUGCGCGGCUGCUGCCGCCGCCUCUUCGUUCACCCUGCGCGGUGAUCACCGCCUGGCUGGACUGUUCCCGUUGCACACCGCGCCGCACCGGGACGAUGUCAGCCUGCUCGUGCGCGGCUGCAACGACGCUGCCUUCAAGAGCCACGGCUAUUGCCUGUCCCAAGCCCUGCGCUUUGCCGUGGAGGAGAUUAACAACUCCAGCACGCUGCUCCCCAAUGUCACCCUGGGCUAUGAAAUCUACGACACCUGCUCUGAGCCUACCAACUUCCAUGCCACGCUGUGUGCCCUUGCUCGUAAAGGGAGGCAGGAUGUCCAGGUGCUCCCCAGUUUCCAACACUAUGAACCCCAGGCUGUGGCUGUCAUUGGCCCUGACAGCAGUCGGCUGGCCCUCACCACAGCCGCUGUUCUCAGCCUUUUUCUUGUACCGGAGAUCAGCUACGAAGCCUCCACGGAGUCGCUGAGCCUGAAGCGGCUGUAUCCCUCUUUCCUGCGCACCAUCCCCAGCGACAGGCAGCAGGUGAAGGCCAUCUUCUUGCUGCUGCAGCAUUUUCGCUGGACCUGGGUGGUGUUGCUGGGCAGUGACAACACCUAUGGCAGGGCCAGCCUAGAUGCCCUGCAGGAGCUGCUGACCGCAAGCAAUGUGUGCGUGGCCUACCGAGGCACCAUCCCUGUCAACUCGGACGCCAACAACCCGGAGCUUCACAACCUGGUCCGAAUCCUUACAGAUGUCAAGGUCAAUGUCACUGUCGUGUUCUCCACCAGAAGAAGUGUUCUGCCGUUCUUCGAGGUGGUGGUCCAGAGGAACAUCACGGGUAUGGUGUGGGUGGCCUCUGAAGACUGGUCCUUGGCUCAAACUAUCUGGCAGGUGCCUGGCAUCCAGACCAUUGGUUCUGUGUUUGGGAUGGCAGUUGAGAAGCCAGAGUCUGCGAUGCUGGAACGCUUUGCAGCUUGGAAGAUGUCAGAGGAAGGCGCUGGGGCUGAGUGUGCCAGCAGUGCAGAGGCAGGCGGGGAAUCUGAGGGGAACACACGGCUGGACUGCACCCAGCGCUGCACUGGCUGCCGUGCGCUCGCCACUGUCCCUGACAUGUACGAUGCUCAAGGCUCCUUCAAUGUAUAUUCGGCCGUAUAUGCUGUGGCCCAUGGCCUCCAUGACCUACUGGGCUGUGCCUCAGGGGCCUGCAGUAAAGGCACUGUCUAUCCUUGGCAGCUCCUACAAAAGAUUAGGCAAGUCAACUUCACCCUGUACAAGAGCCGAAUCUCUUUUGAUGCCAAUGGGGACAUUCAUAAAGGCUAUGACAUUAUCAUGUGGAAAUGGAGGGGCUCAAACUGGGGUUCUGAUGUGAUAGGAACCUUCCGUGUGAACCCUGACAGACUGAGCAUCGACCCAGAAAAAGUCCGGUGGCACACAGAAGAUGGCCAGGUACUGUUCUGCUGUUCAGGUCUUAUUUAUUGCUCACUUCUGACAGAGCCGCCACAAAUGCUGCUUCAGCUGUGUGACCUGUCCACCAGGAACCUUCCUGAACACAUCGGGCCUGGGAGCAUCCUCAGGAAGGAGCAAGUGCAAUGGGUGAGCAGAGCCCAGGGAGCUGCGGGCUGGGCUCUGCACCACAGCACAGCUCUUACCAGGUCGGAGACGUGUGAGGUGUCCAUGUCCUCCGCAGACCCUUUUGACUGCCAGGCCUGUGGCUUGGACGAAUGGGCCCCAGCAGGGAGCGAGGUCUGCUUCAACCGCACCGUCGAGUUCCUGUCCUGGUCUGAGCCCCUCUCCUGGGUACUGCUGGCCCUGGCUGUUCUUCUCAUGCUGCUCAUAGUGGCGCUGGCUGUCCUGUUCGCCCUCAACGCCUCCACACCUGUGGUCAAGUCUGCGGGCGGGAAGACGUGUUUCCUCAUGCUGGGUUCCCUGGCCUGCACCUGCAGCAGCCUCUUCUGCUACUUCGGCGAGCCCUCGUGGGUGGCGUGCCUGCUGCGGGUGCCGCUCUUUGGCAUCAGCUUCACUGUGUUCCUCUCGUGCGUGGCGACCCGUUCUUUCCAGAUCCUCUGUAUCUUCAAGCUGAACGCGCGCUGCCCUGCGCUCUACGAGGCCUGGAUGCGGCGCCAGGGGCCGGUGCUGUUCGUGGUCGCCAGCACGGCGGCACAAGUGGUGCUGUGCGUGGCCACCGAGGUCGCCAGCCCCUCGGUGCCGCGCCGGGAGUACAGCGCGCGGGACGAGUGGAUAGUGCUGGAGUGCGGCCGGAACGCCGCGGCCGACGCUGCCAUCGUUUACACGGUGCUGCUUAGCGCCGGCUGCUUCGUGCUCAGCUAUGCGGGCACGGACCUGCCCGCUGCAUACAACGAGGCCAAGAGCCUGACCGUGAGCCUGCUGCUACACCUAGGCUGCUCGGCGGCCGUGCUCUGCUCGCAGGGCGCGCUGCGCGGCCGGGCCGAGACGGCGGUGCGGGUGGUCAGCACGCUGGGCACGCUCGCAGCACUGCUGGGCGGGUACUUCGUGCCGCGGGCCUUCGUCAUCCUGCUGCGGCCGCACCAAAACACGGCCGAACACUUCCAGAUGGCUAUCCAGGAGUACACACGCCGCCUGGCUGCCGCCUGA